CUUUCGGGAACGCGGCGGGAAGAUGGCGGCCCCCAGCGACCGGCUCGAAGCCGUGGAGGCAGAAGAGAGCGCGGGGCACCGGGGGAGCUCGGGAGUGGAGGUGGUGCUUCCCUCGGAUCCCGCCGUCCCCGCCCCGCUGUGCCCUCACGGACCCACGCUUCUGUUUGUCAAGGUGAACCAGGGGAAAAAAGAAAUGCGGAGGUUUUAUGCCUGCUCAGCCUGUAGAGAUAGAAAAGACUGUAAUUUUUUUCAGUGGGAAGAUGAAAAGUUGUCAGGAGCUAGACUUGCUGCCAGAGAAGCUCAUAACCGAAGAUGUCAGCCUCCCCUAUCCCAAAGGCAGUGUGUGGAAAGGUACUUGAAGUUUAUUGAGUUGCCUUUGACUCAGAGAAAGUUUUGUCAACGGUGUCAGCAGUUGCUAUUACCCGAAGACUGGGGGAGUCAUGGUGAUCAUCAGGUCAUGGGUAAUAUUUCUGUCACCCAGUUGAGAAGGCCCAGUCGACUCCUUUAUCCACUGGAAAAUAAGAAGACAAAUGCCCAGUAUCUGUUUGCUGACAGGACCUGUCAGUUCUUGGUAGACCUACUUUCCACCCUUGGAUUCAGAAGAGUACUGUGUGUAGGAACACCGAGGUUGCAUGAGCUGAUCAGGCUGACAGCAUCAGGUGACAAGAAGUCUGGCAUUAAAAGCCUUUUAUUGGAUAUUGAUUCUCGGUAUUCACAGUUUUAUAUGGAAGAUAGCUUUUGCCAUUAUAACAUGUUUAACCAUCAUUUCUUUGAUGGAAAGGCUGCUCUUGACGUAUGCAAAGCAUUUUUACAGGAAGAUAAAGGCGAGGGAGUCAUUAUGGUGACAGAUCCUCCUUUUGGUGGCUUGGUUGAACCUCUGGCUGUUACAUUCAGGAAGUUAAUUGCUAUGUGGAAAGAAGGUCAAAGCCAAGAUGACAGUCACAGAGAACUGCCCAUUUUCUGGAUUUUCCCCUAUUUUUUUGAAUCCCGAAUUUGUCAGUUUUUUCCAAGCUUCUGCAUGUUGGAUUACCAGGUAGACUAUGAUAAUCAUGCACUUUAUAAACAUGGAAAGACAGGUCGAAAACAGUCUCCUGUGCGUAUCUUCACCAAUAUUCCACCCAACAAAAUAAUCCUUCCAUCUGAAGAAGGGUACCGAUUUUGUCCUCUGUGCCAACGAUUUAUUUCUCUAGAGAACCAGCACUGUGAACACUGUAAUUCCUGCACAUCUAAGGAUGGCAGGAAAUGGAACCACUGCUUUCUUUGCAAAAAGUGUGUAAAGCCUUCCUGGAUCCACUGUAGCAUUUGCAAUCACUGUGCUCUUCCGGAUCAUUCUUGCAAGGACCCUAAAGAUGGCUGCUUCAUUUGUGGUGAAUUAGGUCACAAACGUAGUACUUGUCCUAACAUCUCUACAUCUAAAAAAGCUAACGAAGCUGUCAAAAAGCAGAAGCAAAGAAAAAGUAAUAAGAUGAAAAUGGAGACCACGAAAGGACAGUCUAUGAAUCAUACAUCUGUUACAAGGAGAAAGAAAAGGAGGGAAAGAGCCCAUCAAUAUCUUUGCUCUUAAAUGUCCAGUGACUUGAAAAGAAGAAGAUUUAUCGUCCAACCUUUGAUGCCAUUUUCUGAAAGUGCCACCCUGGACUGAAAUUCAGUGGCUUUCAGAGGCCUGUACCUUUCUAAGCUAGAUGAUGGGGCAGGUGGCAUUUGCUGGCUCUUAGGCCUGCCUCCACCUCUCUGGGGACUAGGGAGCUGUUCCUUCCUCAGCAAUUCUGCUCAUUCUCUCGGCAUGCCUUUUGCCUCUCUUUAAGUCUCUCCCAAUCAUAUGAUUUUAGCUUCUUUUAUCUGAAACAUGGACACAAAACAUUCUUUUACAGAAGAUGACAGAAGAAAAUGAAAGUGGAAACCUAUGAAGUUUUAUUUACAUUGAACAUAAAAGUAUGCUAAUUUAAAUAUGGAAAUAUUUUAUGUUAAAUAUUAAACAAUAGUUUAAACCCCAGUUGAAAAUUACCAUGUACGAUUAUUUUUGGACUUAAUCUGAAGAUGAUGGAAUUUUUAUAAAGACACUGUAAAGUAUAAAGAUUAUA